AUGGAUCAAUACUUUCAAAGUUACGAAGAACUUGACAUCCAUCAAUUAAUGCUAAGUGACAAGACACGUGUUUCAGCAUAUAAAACUGCUAUUUUUAAUUCCAAAGAGAAAUUUUGGGACAAAAUCGUAAUGGAUAUUGGUGCUGGCUCAGGUAUAUUAUCAAUUUUUUGUGCACAAGUUGGUGCAAAGAAAGUUUAUGCAGUGGAAGCAAGUAUACUGGCAGACAGUAUCGAGCAAGUGUCGAUUGAAAAUAAUAUGCAGGACAAAGUUAAAGUAAUUCAUAGUAAAGUAGAAGACAUCCGUUCAGACAGUUUGGAGAAAGUAGAUAUAAUUGUGUCAGAAUGGAUGGGUUUUUAUUUGGUACACGAAGGAAUGUUAAAUUCUGUACUAUUCGCUAGAGAUAACUUCUUACAUGAAGAUGGUUUAUUAUUCCCAUCAAUUGCAAAAUUAUAUGCCUCGCCAUGUCAGUUACCUUCCAUGUACGAUUUUUGGAAUAACGUAUGUGGAGUUAGUAUGAGAUGUAUUGGAAAGAAAUACAGAAAAACCAAAUCUUUAAAGCCAGAAAUCCUGCUUGUAAAUCAAGACGAUAUUUUAGCGAAAGGUAAAUUACUCGCAUGGCUGGAUUUGAAGUGCAUCUCCUUGGAAGAGAUAGAUUUACUAGGUGGACAAGAAUAUGUAUCGGUAUGCGAAAAGGAUGGGAAGUUCCAAGGAAUGUGCAUUUGGUUUGCAGUCGAAUUUCCAGACGGUUCGGAACUUUCUACGGGGCCUUACGACAAAGCGACACAUUGGGAGCAAACUAUAGUAGUUUUGCCCAAAGACAUAGAAGUAACAAGGGACGAGCCUGUUGCUUUCAAAUUCGAAUUGAAAAGAGACGUGUCAUAUCCAAGGCGUUACAACAUGGAAUUAAGUUUGUUGGAUGCAGAGGAAGUGGAGCAUGACGUUCCCUGUGGUUGUUACUUGACGAAAUGUAUAGUGACAAAAAAGUAUAUUAAUGAUUUGGAUGAAAAUGAAUCACCCGCGGAAUGCUGA